AUGGCAACCAUCAGAGAUAGAACUACAGCCUUCCAAAAUGGGACAGUCGAUGAGACAACCCCUCUCAUUGCUUCUGAGAGUGCCUUAGAAGCAGGUCAAAAUGGAAAUGGGGAGGCUGAUGGACAGGAUCCCGACUCCAAGGAUUCCGAGAAGUUGCCUGUCGUUCAGAUUAUGUUACUCUGCUUUGCUCGCAUUGCUGAGCCAAUCGCCUUUUUCUCCAUUUUCGCAUUUAUCGGUGAGAUGAUUGAAGAUGCAGCUGGGGUUACUGAGUCUGAAGUUGGUUUUUAUAGUGGUCUCAUCGAGUCGAUAUUCUCUUUUGUUCAAAUGCUCCUCAUGAUUCCUUGGGGUCGAGCUGCCGACAAAUUUGGAAGAAAACCAGUCCUUGUGAUUUCCAUGGCUGGGAUGUCCGCUGCAAGUGCAUUAUUUGGAACCAGUCACACCAUUUGGGAGAUGAUCAUGUAUCGAUCUAUUGCGGGAAUGUUCUCGGGCACUAUUGUUGCUGUGCGUGCAUCAAUUUCAGAGAACAGUACACCGAAAACACAAGCCCGAGCAUUCAGCUACUUUGCAUUUUCGAACAAUCUAGGCAUCGUUCUAGCUUCUUUUAUGGGCGGUGUUCUUUCUCGACCUGCGGAUAAAUAUCCUUCUGUGUUUGGCGGAGUCCAAUUUUUCAAGGACAAUCCUUAUGCCCUUGCCACAUUCACGACCGGGGCUAUCGGCGGAAUUGCGUGUAUAGUAUCUGCGCUGUUUAUCAAAGAGACACUAAGAAAGACACCUCAAGGAGACGCGAACGGAUCGGCACCUAAGACAAUGACUACAACUGAUAUUAUGAAGGCACCUGGUGUGUCACAAGUCUUGUUUGUGUAUGCAUUUACUAUGCUUCUCGCCUUGGCAUACACAGCCAGUAAGUUUGCCCUUUCCAGAAACUUCCAACCUCCCACAAACAUUUCCCUCGUAUAUGGCCACGGAACUCUACUGAUUCAGUCUCUGCUACAAGUCGUGCCGAUUUUCUAUUACACCAGUGUCGACCUGGGAGGCUACGGCCUCAGUGAUUCACAGAUCGCAAUGUUCCUCGGAAUCGCUGGACUUUCUCAGGCGGUAUGGCUCCUUUUCGUUUUCCCACGGCUGCACUGGCGCAUUGGAACCGGCGGCGUUCUACGGCUUUGUGCCUCAGCGUGGCCAGUGUGGUUCGUCGCAACGCCAGCCGCCAAUUAUCUGCUGCGACUUGGUUUGGAAACGACAUUCUGGACUAUUGCGCCAUUUCUGCUGGUGGUAGGAAGUGGUGUCGCCAUGGCUUUCACUGCUUGCCAACUUGCCAUAAAUGACAUUUCACCUUCUCCGGAGACUCUAGGUACCGUGAACGCAAUCAGUUUGACACUUAACAGUGGCCUCCGAGCGGUUGCGCCUGCACUUUUUUCCAUUCUAUUUGCUACCGGUGUCAAGGAACAAAUCUUCAAGGGUUACUUGGCAUGGUUAAUACUGGUUAUCUUGGCUAUCGGUUAUAGAGGAAUUUUACUUUGGUUGCCUGCCAGAGCAGAGGGUAAGAUAAAUAGCGUCGAGGUGGAUGACACGGAUGAAUAA